AUGGAAGCUCGAAAUCAAACAGCUAUUUCAGGAUUCCUUCUCCUGGGACUGACAGAUGACCCACACCUGCAGCCCCUCGUCUUCAGCCUGUUCCUGUCCAUGUACCUGGUCACCAUCCUGGGAAACCUGCUCAUCAUCCUGGCUGUGAGCUGUGACUCCCACCUGCGCACCCCUGUGUACUUCUUCCUCUCCAGUCUGUCCCUUAAUGACAUCUGUUUAAGCACCACCACUGUCCCACAUAUGCUAGUGAACAUGCAAACACGGGAUCAGAGCAUCUCUUACACAGGCUGCCUUGCUCAGAUCGGUUUAGUCUUGGUUUUUGGUGGUUUGGAAAACUGUCUCCUUGCAGCGAUGGCCUAUGACCGCUAUGUGGCCAUCUGCCAUCCACUUAGCUACACGGUCAUCAUGAACACCCACGUGUGUGUUUUACUGAUUCUCUUCUCCUUGGCCAUUAGCAGUGUGGAUGGGCUGCUCCACAGUCUGAUGAUGCUGAGGCUGUCCUUCUGCGCAGAGCUGAGAAUCUUGCACUUCUUCUGCGAACUUGCUCAGAUUAUCAGGCUCACUUGUUCGGAUACCUUCAUUGAUAACAUAGUAAUAUACGUGGCAGCUUGCAUCUUUGUUGGUGUUCCUGUGUUUGGAAUCAUGUUUUCUUAUACUCACAUUAUGUUAUCUAUCUUGAGAAUGCCAUCAACAGAAAGGAAGUAUAAGGCUUUUUCUACCUGCGGGUCUCAUCUGUCAGUUGUCUCCUUGUUUUAUGGGACUGCUGUUGGGGUGUACAUUAGCUCUGCAGUGACAGAUUCACCCAGAAAGACAGCAGUGGCUUCAUUGAUGUAUUCUGUGGUUCUUCAAAUGCUGAAUCCCUUUAUCUACAGUCUGAGGAAUGGUGACAUGAAGAAAGCUUUGUGGAAACUUACCGGUAGGAUAACUUCUCUUCUAUAA